AUGGCCAAGGGGCCGGAGCAGGAGGACGCCUUCCUGCACCUCCCAGCCGAGCAGGCGGUGCCCACCGACGGGCAGGAGGAGUGCUACGGGGGGCUGCUGGGGCGCGGCUUGCUGCCCUGCGCCCAAGAGGGGCUGUCGGGGCCGGCGCUGCCCGCCGGCAUCAAGGCAGAAACACACCUCAGCAGCGAAGCCCUCUCCUCGGAAGAAGAGGAUGCGGAUCCUCGCGACGGCGCGCUGACAGCCGCCGACCAGAGCCCGUCUGCGAAGAAGAGCAUCACGCAGAUCAUGAAGGACAAGAAGAAGCAGACGCAGCUCACCUUGCAAUGGCUGGAAGAAAACUACAUUGUCUGCGAAGGAGUUUGUUUACCAAGAUGCAUCCUUUAUGCACAUUAUUUGGACUUCUGCAGAAAAGAGAAGCUGGAACCUGCUUGUGCUGCAACUUUUGGGAAGACCAUUCGCCAGAAAUUCCCUCUCCUUACCACAAGGCGGCUUGGAACAAGGGGCCAUUCAAAGUACCACUAUUAUGGAAUUGGCAUUAAAGAAAGCAGCGCAUACUACCACUCAGUGUAUUCUGGAAAAGGCUUAACCAGGUUUUCUGGAAGCAAGCUAAAAAAUGAGGGUGGUUUUACUCGUAAAUAUUCUCUGAGUUCCAAAACUGGAACACUCCUCCCAGAGUUUCCAAGUGCUCAACACCUUUUGCUUCAAGGGUGCAUUUCUAAAGACAAGGUAGAUACUCUUAUCAUGAUGUACAAAACACACUGUCAGUGUGUCCUUGACAAUGCAAUUAAUGGGAACUUUGAAGAGAUUCAACAUUUCCUAUUACAUUUUUGGCAAGGAAUGCCUGAUCAUCUUCGUCCUCUGCUCGAAAAUCCCGUCAUCGUUGACAUCUUCUGUGUCUGUGACUCAAUACUGUAUAAGGUUCUUACAGAUGUACUCAUCCCUGCAACAAUGCAAGAAAUGCCAGAAAGUUUACUGGCAGAUAUAAGGAAUUUUGCGAAAAACUGGGAACAGUGGGUUGUUUCCUCUUUAGAAAAUCUACCAGAAAACCUGACAGAUAAGAAAUUGCCUAUUGCAAGAAGAUUUGUUUCCUCCCUGAAACGACAGACGUCAUUCUUACACCUAGCACAGAUUGCUCGGCCAGCACUGUUUGAUCAGCAUGUGGUGAAUUCCAUGGUGUCAGAUAUUGAAAAAGUUGAUUUGAACAGUAUUGGUUCUCAGGCACUCCUUGCAGUCUCAGGGAGCACAGACUCUGAUGGGGAGGUCUACAGUGAAUAUGACUCUAUUACAGUGUUCCAAGAACUGAAGGACCUUCUAAAGAAGAAUGCCACUGUGGAAUCAUUUAUUGAAUGGUUGGAUACUGUGGUUGAGCAAAGGGUUAUCAAGGCAAGCAAGCAAAAUGGGAGGUCUUUAAAGAAGAGAGCUCAAGACUUCCUUCUGAAAUGGAGCUUUUUUGGUGCUCGAGUGAUGCAUAAUCUAACCCUAAACAACGCAUCAAGUUUUGGUUCUUUUCAUUUGAUCCGCAUGUUACUAGAUGAGUACAUCCUGCUUGCCAUGGAGACACAGUUCAACAAUGACAAAGAACAAGAACUCCAGAAUCUACUGGACAAAUACAUGAAGAAUUUAGAUGCAAGCAAAGCCACCUUCACUGCAUCACCAAGCUCUUGCUUCCUAGCAAAUCGUAACAAAGCUGCUCCUCUGCCCAGUGACACUUCAGUCAAGAAUGAGUGUCUAGCAGAGCAAACCUAUGUGUCCUUGUCAGCUAGCCAGCCCAGUAGCGUACCUUCUGGUCUGAACUCCUUCACCACAGGAGAUAGCGAGAACAUGCAGCUGACAGAUCAAAUGGAGCUGUCUCAAAGUACUGGCCACCUCAUGACUCCACCUAUUUCACCAGCCAUGGUCAGCCGAGGAAGUGUUAUCAACCAGGGGCCAAUGGCUGUGAGACCUCCAAGUGUAGGUCCCGUGUUAUCGACACAUUCACAGUGCUCUUCUUACUCAGAACCGCUUUAUCAGACUUUGGCACAAACUAAUCAGAAUUACUACGGAAACAAUUCCAAUUACCAGGCUAUGUUCAGAACACAAGCCCAUUCCACUUCAGGAGCUUAUGACCACAGAGCAGAGCACAGCCGAUUCAAUGCCUUCAGUGAACAGCAGUUCUCCAGAGACUACUUCAGCAACAGUUGUGCUGUGUCUCCAUACAAUGCCAGAUCCCCUUCCAGCUAUGGUCCCUCAAACAUGUCUCAGGACACACACAAUAUGCAGUUUCUGAAUACCGGGAGUUUCAGUUUCUUGAACAACUCAGUGCCUACAUGUCCAGGAGCAGCAUAUCCUGCUAAUGCUUCCAAUGGAUAUUAUGGAAACAGCAUAAAUUAUUCAGAAUCUCAUAGACUUGGAACAAUGGUGGAUCAGCAUGUUUCUGUAAUAAGCAGUGUAAGCAGCAUUCGAUCACUACCAUCGUACAGUGAUAUACAUGAUCCACUGAAUAUCUUGGAUGACAGUGGAAGAAAACAAACGGGCUCAUACUACACAGAGUCCUCACCUUCAAUUGUCUGCCGGACUCCUAUGCCUUCAAACUUGCAAACCACAUCUUCUUCACAAUGUAUGUAUGGAACACCUGGUCCGUUCCCUUCUCAGGAAAAUCUGGAGGUCCAUGGCCCACCAAGCAGAGAUAUGGUGUCAUCGUUACCACCGAUCAACACUGUCUUCAUGGGAGCAGCUGCUGGAGGAACCUAAGUGGGAGAAACAUGUCAGUGCCUUUAGCUUAAUUUCCAACUCCAGACAUUAAAGCUAUGAAGACAAUGCCUUUCAAGUUGGUGGAAUAUAAAAGUAUUACAUAUAGGUGUUAGAGGAGCCAUUUUAGUGAUAGUAACAGACAUCCACACAUUAAAAAAUAGCUAUAUUUAGAUUGGGUCCUGCUUGUGAAUCUCUCAGGAUUGUUCUCAGCAUCACAGCUUUUCAGUCAGAAAUUUAGGGUAAGCAGAAAGAGCCACUGAUUCUUGCAAACAAGACUAAGUUGUAAAGAAAUUAUUGCAUCUAUUCCUAAUUUAUUAAAAAUGUUAUUUUAGUCUUUCACUUAUAUGUUUUCUUUUUUUUUUUUUUUUUUUUUAUAAAAAGGUUUAUUUAAUGCCUGUGUUGCUCAUUAUUUAUUAGGACCACAGAGUAACUGUUUACUAUCUCAUAUUUGACAGACUGUCAAAUGUAUGUAUCCUACCUCCUAUGGAAAUGUUUACAAGGUCAAUUUUUACAGUUUUAAAUGAAACUAAGCCAAAUUCUUAAGUUUUUUACUGUUAUGCUCUGGAAAGUCUAUUUCAAAUGUUUAGUGCCUACUUGUGUAAGUGAAAGUC